CGUUGAUAGCGGAAGAGGAACUACGUCAUCAGUCGUGAUAAACUAAAGUGAAAUCUAUAACAAUUUGAUUCCAUUAUUACGAAGCGUGAGACGUUUCGUGGAAGAGGUUAUUUCAUUAAAAGAAUCGGAAGCGACGAAAUAUACAUCGCAGUUUGUACGAGAGGUGCCUUUAAGCCGCGGAUGGCGCAUGAGCAGUAGAUUGCGCUCGGACCAAAGACGUCUACAACUAGCUAACCAUUCGUGGACAUAGAAAUUCUUACGAAGUAAAGCGAUAGUAACAGUUAUUCAGGUGUGAAUGAGUACAGUGACUUCGACUAAGUGUUACGGAGUUUACCAGCGAGUGAAGUGAAGGGCCAUGUGGCAAAAGAUCAAUAAAAUCAAUGCUGAACCGUCCCAAAACAGACGCCAAGUCCACACAGUAGAAUCACGGUCAAACUCUCACUACGGAAUCAUGUCCUCCCCCAUCGGCUCAUCUGUGAUCACCCUGGAAGGACAUACGAGAAGUGAUCAACUUUUAUUCUUGAAAGAAUAAGAUACUGAGUCUUUGAACAUUGAAAGAAUUUGAGUAGUGGCAAAAUAACAAUUCCCUCCCGUUCGUGACUUAGCACCGAACGAGACCGUAUUUUCUAGACCCCAAAGACCAAUCAAUUCUCCAAGUCAUCAGCUGGUGCGACCCACAUAAGCUAUCCCCGUGACCAAGACAUGCUGUGAACAUGAAUGAGAUGUGAGUAAUCAGCUUUUGGGUGGGCGAGGGCGGUGGCGGUGGUGACCCGGCCAGCGAGGAGGGCAUGGACGUCUCGGAGGCCAGCAAUAGCAGCGGCACCCUGGCAAACCAAUCGCCUCUUUCGGACCACAUCCCCGAUCAGGAUCUGCUCCCCUUCCACCACACCACCACCAGCGUGCGAGAUCCGCUCAGAUUCCCCAUGCAGAACGGUGGACUAGUUGGAGCAGCGGUAGAGGGAAUAGCUCCCCCUCCGUCAGUUGCAGGUGGAGGCGCUGGGGGAGGAGGACCUGGAGGAGUAGGGGGAUGCGCCGCGUCUGGAGACCAACAAAAGACAGGAGCUCCGUCGACUUUCAACCUGUCUCAUCUAGAGUUUACCCUUCCAGACACAGAGAUCUACGAGCCCGAGACAGUGGACUUCCCAAGCUCCCCAACUGCCCUUCGGUCGAUGGUGCACCCAGACGACGAAUUCCCUGGCGUGGGCGUCCGUUUAGCGGAAAGGGAAGACACCCAGCCACCUGCCACACCCACGGAGGAAGACAGGUCCAUGUACACGGCUGUCGUAUCGCCGCCCACCGGGCAAGUAACUCUCAGGAAAGAGCGCCCUUCCACUCUUGAAGUCAACCGGAAGAAACGACUGACGGUGACGGAGGAGCUCCUGACGGUGGCCGUGGACGACGACCAACACUCCAUAUCGUCGUUAAGUCAACACAGCGAAGAUGAUGAGGACGACGAUGCCCAGAUGUUCUCGCACGACGAAUUCACUGAUAUGUUGACGCCAGACGACAUCGACACGCCAGACGAGCUUGAGGAAUCCAUCAUGGAGAGACUUGGGCCCCAACCGACCAUAGACCCUGUACCAGAGUACACUGCAACUCAGGAAGCAAGUGAAGAGAGAUCUUGGCGAUCCGUUGUCAUCUCUGGCAUUGAACGCCGGAUUGAUAUGAAAGUGAUUGAACCCUACAAAAAGGUGCUGAGCCACGGAGGUUACUUAACUGGAAGCAACGAAGCUAUUAUUGUUUUCUCUGCCUGUUUCCUACCUGACAGGUCGCGGAAAGACUACGACUAUGUCAUGGACAACCUUUUCAUGUAUGUGCUGACAACACUAGAUCAGCUGAUAGCAGAAGAUUAUGUAUUAGUGUAUCUACAUGGAGCAACUACCAGGGCCAACAUGCCAUCCUUUGCAUGGCUUAAAAGAUGUUAUCAAAUGAUAGAUCGUCGUCUACGUAAAAAUCUCCAAGGCCUCUACUUGGUCCAUCCAACUUUCUGGGUUAAAACAGUGGUGGUUAUGACACGCCCUUUUGUUAGUGCCAAGUUUGCCCGCAAGUUAAGAUUUGUCAAUAGCUUAAAGGAGUUGUCCUCACUUAUCCCAAUGGAUCAAGUAUGCAUUCCAGAUCGUGUUAAACAGUAUGAUGAGAUUAGAGAAAGUUUACUAGCAAAGGCAUGAGUAGAAGAAACCACCGUUUAAUUGCCAGAAGUUAACACCUCCACUAAGACACUUUCAAGAUAUUCAAGUAGAGUUGGAAUGUUGAGUGAGUUUUGGCUAUGUAACUGUUACAGUAAUACAUAUAUAUAGAAAACUAUGACAAAAAUGAAAACUUUGCUUUCAAGAAUCUUUUGUGAUAAUAAACUUGGAAUUGGAAAUGACUAUGUCUUGUUGCAAAUGGCAAAGUUAACAAGGAGCGCACAGUAUCGACAAGUUCAAGAUGAAAGUCCAUGUCAGAAGUUAUACUUUUCUACCUUAUAUUUUUAAAAUUAUCCUGAUUUAUAUUGGAUGUGGUCAAAACUUUGUAACUGUUAAGUGCAUUCAGUUUUGAGAAGCAAAUUGAUGAAAAUCUUAUAGUUUAACAAUACGUACAGUACUUGAGAAAGUUGAAAGUUUAUGAGAGUUCAAUACAACUUGAUGCAGUGACUAAGUGGAGUUUUUUUUAAUGAUCUUAGUGCACAAAAUACAAUACGUAAUGUAUUCACAUUUAUUUAUCAAAAUUUCAUCUUGCACCAAAAGAUCGUCUUGUUUUCCAAAUAGAAAUGAAAUAAUGUUAAGUAUGACCAGAGCAGUGUUCUACUUUUAACUUCACAAAGGAAGAUGAUGGAGACAAAAGAUGCAAUUGUUUUGACUUCCUGCUUGAGAGCAUUUCUGUGUAAUGAGUGACAACAAUCCAAACUGUCCAACAGUAUAUUUAUUUCAAGUGUUCAGUGUUUUGUCAACUAGAAUGUUCAUAACUGCACAGAUAGCCGAAGCUUCUCUACCAACACAAUUGCUCCAGACACACAGAUAUAACAGCAUAACCUAUAUAAACAUUAUCUAUGCUAUUACUGUACUAUAUGUUUAUGUAACUGAACAUGAAUUUAUGUAGAAAUCUUUACAGAUGAUACUGGAGGACAAAAGUUCCUAUAGGUAUGAAAUUUGACAUCAUUUUGAGGUUUCCACAUAUACUCGACACCAUGCCAUUGUCACUGGGACAAUAUAGAGAUGCAGCUAAUAUACAUAUAUAUAUAUAUAUAUACUGUAAAUGUAUAAAGUUGUAAGAUGAAUAAUGCAUGUAUGCUUUGUGAAUAUUAUGGACAUAGAUGUUAUAUAGAAGCAUGUGCUAGAGUCAUACUGUUAUAAUUAUGUAUGAAGCCUUUAUAGCCUUUGUAUUGUAUUUUGAAUAGCUGUUGUUACAGCGACUGUACAGGAAAUACUACCCAAGUUCUCUUUGCACAUUGUUUUUAAUGGAAUUUUCAUUUUCAUUCAGGUUUUGUUCAUUUAAUGAUCCUAUUAUUUUUUUUAUUUUUCCCCUUCUCUCUCCCCAGUUGGUCAAAUUGACAGGUAUUUGACCUUGUCCCACUAAUGAAAACACAUUUAAAAGUACAUAGAACAAAAACUUGAAGGCAGGGUCAUAUAGGAAAUCUGUAUUUUGAUUAUUUCUUUGAGGUAGUAUGGAGAGUUUUUUUAGGCAACUUUUUUAUAAAUAGUCUUUAUUGGGUUUCAUAAUUUAUGUAUACUAUGUAUCUGCCCUCCAAACAUAAUCACAAAUAAUUUGCCCGCUUUCCAUACCUCCCCUUUCAAUUUCUCAUAUACUUGGUAAUGAAUUAGAUGGUAUCCAUUAGAUCUUCAUAACAAUUUGGUAUUCUUUUACUAGUUUUGGACCCUUUUUUUUAUAUUCCAACAGGUAUACCACUGUGAGCUGUAAAGUACUGCUUUGUGUUUUUUAAGUUUAAAUUUUAAUCAAAAA